AUGACCCUUGACAGGAUCCUGCAGGCUGCUAGGCAGGGGGAUUUGGAAGCCCUGAGAACUCUCCAUGCAGAGGGUCAGCUGCAGUCUGGAUUAAAGGACCCCAUGGGUGCUUCCCCAGUUCAUCAUGCUGCCCGGGGUGGGAAGCUUAGCUGCCUCCGUUAUCUGGUGGAUGAGGCUCAAUUGGAGGGGAACUGUAAAGCCAGGAAUGGGGCUACUCCAGCUCAUGAUGCUGCGGCCACCGGUCACUUGUCCUGUCUGCAGUGGCUGCUCACACAAGGAGGCUGUGACUUUGAGGACAAGGACAACUCUGGUGCCACUAUUCUGCACUUAGCAGCCAGGUUUGGCCACCAUGAAAUAAUUAGUUGGCUAUUGCGAUUUGGAACCAAUGAUGCAUCAGUAAUGACAGAUACAGGAGCACUUCCUGUGCACUAUGCUGCGGCCAAAGGAGAUCUUACUACAUUACAACAUCUAUUGGAGUACUGUCCAAAUGCUAUUAAUUCUCAGACAAAGAAUGGUGCCACACCCCUUUACCUAGCCUGUCAAGAGGGUCAUUUGGAAGUUAUACAGUAUUUGGUUAAGGAUUGUGGAGCUGACCCCCACAUACGAGCUACAGAUGGAAUGACUCCCUUACAUGCAGCAGCACAAAUGGGACAUAGUUCAGUCAUUGUUUGGUUGAUGAGCUUUACAGACAUCAGUCUUUCUGACCAGGAUUCUGAUGGAGCAACCGCCAUGCAUUUUGCUGCUAGCCGAGGUCAUGCCAAGGUCCUAAGCUGGCUUCUCCUCCAUGGUGGUGAAAUUACUACAGACAGUUGGGGAGGAACUCCACUACAUGAUGCUGCAGAGAAUGGAGAGCUAGAGUGUUGCCAGAUCCUUGUUGUAAAUGGAGUAAAGCUAGGAAGCCGAGACCAUGAUGGGUACACAGCUGCAGACCUUGCCGAAUAUAACGGACACAUUCAUUGUGCUAAAUACCUCAGGACUGUGGAAAAUAUGAGUGUAGAACACAGAGUGCUUUCACGAGAUCCAUCAGCAGAUAUGGAGUUGAAGCAGCCUGAUUCUGGAAUGUCAUCUCCGAACACCACCAUGUCAAUACAGCCAGCACAUUUUGACAUUGGUUCUCCAUCUAGUACUCUGUCUAACUAUGACUCCUGUAACUCUAGCCAAUCUAGUGUCGGAGAUAAGAAAACAAACCAACAUGAAACAAGGCCCCCUGACGCAGCAAUCAAUAAUAUGCAGACUUACAUGGACAUGCUGGAUCCAGAGGUAGGCUCAAACGGGAACAAGAAAGAUGAGAGAACAGCCAUUCCACCUCCUCCUCCACCUGGUUUUCCACCACCUCCUCCUCCAGUUCCUGAUUCACGACUUCCACCCCCUCCAUGCUAUCCAGCGCCAAGCCCUCCUGAGGGAGAGCACACCUCAGAUAUCUACGUACAGGCUAAGAAUAAUCUCCGUCACAUUGAGAGUGAGGCACUCAAUGAACAGCUGCCUUCACGUGAAAAUAGUCCUGAAGGGCUUCGAAGGGUGGACUCCUGCAGGAAGUCUAGAAACUUCAAUAAACAACCUAGUACUGGAGAUUACUAUAAGUAUCUAGGCCAGAACCCCUCUGAAUCCUCAGAGAAUAGAAAUAUGGCGCACAGUGAGGAGGGAUCUCUGCUGUCAAAUGAAAAUGUGCACAAUGGCAACGUUACCGACAAGAAACCAUUAGGAAAUAUACCCACUCCUCCUGUUCCUCCUCCCCUCCCAGACAACCUGUGUUACCCACCGCCCCCUCCUCCCUUACCAGCUGAAAGCUCAGUCUCCAACUACGUACAGAGGCGUUCUUCCAAUUCUACCGGAAAAGUGAAAGCUCUCAGGCAAAGGAAGAGCACAAAAUCAUUCAACAUGAUGUCUCCAACGGGUGACAACUCAGAACUUCUGGCAGAAAUAAAAGCUGGGAAAAGCCUAAAACCGACUCCUCAAAGCAAAGGUCUUACUACUGUUUUCUCUGGCAGCGGGCAGCAAGGAUCUAGCACAGAGGUUCCAUCUCCUACUCCAACACCUCCUCUUACACCACCUGUAACACCCCCUGCCACACCUCCUGGAAAUACAAACUCUAUGUCUAACAAAGGAGCAGCAAAAUCUCCAGAACGACUUGUCAAUGGGAACACAACCCCACCAGUCCAAGUCCAAACCAGUCAAAUUGAUAUAGAGUCUCUGAUACCAACCCACGAUGAGCAGGGGAGAUCGAUUCCCGAAUGGAAACGGCAAGUUAUGGUCAGGAAGCUGCAACUGAAAAUACAAGAAGAAGAAGAGAGAAAACGCACGGAACAGGAGGAAUCUGCCCGCUUGUCUAGCAUGCCGGCCUGGCGUAGAGAAAUCUUAAGGAAGAAGAUGGAAGAAGAGAGAGAACAAAAAAGAAAAGAACAAGAAGAAAAAAAAAAAGAAGAGGAAGAGAGAGAAAAAGAACAAUCAGAAAAGUUACGAACACUGGGUUACGAUGAAACAAAGUUAGCACCUUGGCAGAGGCAAAUUAUUUUAAAGAAAGGAGAUAUAGCAAAGCAAUAGUUAUAUUGUAUUUCACAUUUUCCCCUUUAAAUGUCAUGUCCCAUAUUAGAUUCUUCCUCUCAGCUGUUCAGUUGGUGAAUGUAUUGGGAAAAAUGUCACUGGUUCACAAAUUUCAUUAUCGGUUCAAUGCGAAAAUUAAAGGGACAUCAACUCAAAAUGUAAUUCUUCCUAAAGUGUUUAUUUAUGCUGUAUAAUUUCAUUAUUUAUUUUGCCCAGUUUUUCUGUAAUAUAACUCUACUAAUUGCAUUUUUUGUUUACUAUCCAGAGAGACCUCAUAAUCAACAUGCUACAUAAUAAUUGUUUGGUUAGUGUGGUACCCCUGACUGACCACAGAAAAGCAGAUCUAUUGAAAAAGCCUCUUGAUUUUGUUUAGGUUGUGUGUCCCUGGACUUCAAAACAAUGCAAAUGUUGCUAACAAAAUAGAUUAUUGGAGGCUGGUGGGUAUAAUAUUGAACCAUAUGUUUCAAUCAUCCUUUAAUUGUAAUGUGUUCAAAAAUGAUAAGGUGAGUUGGCUGUAUUGAAUAAGAGUCCCUCUUAGACUUGCAUUGUUCCAGUUCUCUUAUUCCUGAAAACAGGAAACAAGAUAACACUUUGAAGAAGUUUGCAAAAGCUUUAUACAGGCAUGCUUAAAGGGGCAUAAAAAUUGCAUUUAAUGGGAUAGAAAAGUAAAAAUUGAAAUGUGCAUAGCUGCAUUCCAAUUUUAAAUAGAAACAUUUUUGCAAUAUAGGGCUCUAUGUACUAGAGGUGGCAUAGAGUGUAAGAAACAGCGGUCUGAGGUGGCGAGGAGAAAUCAUCGCUCGCUGCGGGUGAUUGACAGUCCCUUCUCUCACGCGAUUGGUUGCACGAAAGAAGGGGCAGGCUUUACACGCUCACCUGAGCCUGUAACGAGACAUACGGGCGGCGGAUCCUGUUCAUCCGCUGCCCGUAUGUAGAGAAGGAAAGCGGACAACUUCUUGAGUUGAGAAGCUUAUCCACUUGCCUUUAAGUACAUGGGGGGGCCAUACUGUCAUUAGCAAAAACGCAUCUAGUAAAAGUUAUUACUAUUUUUUAGCGGUAUACGCACAUAUGCUGUGAGGGCCUGCACACCAGUAUUCAAGCUCAGAGAGGUGGUGGUGGCGUGUAUGGUGAAUGCGAAGACUAAGUCACUGUUACUCUCUGAGACGUCUUGGUGUUUCAAUACUCAUUAAAGGGGCACUUGCAGCAUAUGUGUGUAUGCUGCUGAAAAAGAGUAAUAACCUUUUUGCUAAUGGAAAUAUAUUGCAAAAAUGCUUCUAUGUAAAAUUGAAAUGCACACAUUUUAGUUUUGAUCUUUCUAUUCCUUUAAACCUAAUGAGAAUUUUUGGUAAUCGAAAUCUUACACAAAUAUCCUGCAUUGCUGUAUUUCAGGACCCUCUGAAUGCAUUUUCCUGUGCUUUUUGUCUUUGGUUUGACUGAAGCUAGUAUAAUGCAUGGGUACAAAUUGUAAAACCUAGCGGACAUCUGUUGCUUUUUAA